UCACAAUCACAUCACGCCCGCACGCACGCGCUUAUGCACACACACGGCUACACACCACCAGUCGUCGGCAGAAGCUUCGAUCCAUGUCAUUGAUUCCAAUUCGUUUCAUUUGCAGCUAUUGUCUUGCCUUGCAGGCUCUCAUCCAUAUCCAUAUCCAUAUCCAUAUCAGCCCACCCCCACCAAACCAGCACCAUCCAUAUCAGCCCACCCCCACCAAACCAGCACCGCACAUCCAUACACAACCCAGCAGCCAGGCCACCCAUAACCACACCACCGCCGCCGAUUCGAUCCACACACAUACACGCAUCAUACAUCAUCCACAUCCAACAAGCAUCUCACAUCCCUCCCUCCCUUCCAUCCCGUCCAUCCCUAUCCCACGCCCAUCCACCAUUCACAUACCCAUACCCAUACCCACACCCCACAAACAUCCCAAGCAGCCAGCCCGUGCAUCUGCGCUCCGGCAUCCCAUCCCAAUCCCAUGCCAUCCCGCCUGCCCGCCCCUCUCCACCUCAAGAAAGGAGUCCCGACGAGUAGGCAGAGUAAAAGAGAUGAUGAUGGAGGACGCCGAGCCGAUGAAGUAAAAGGAAGAAGAGGUGGAAGGAGAAAAGGCGGCUUAAAAAAGGGACAGAAAAACAAGAGUCAAGGAAA